AUGGGCCCCUGUACCGCCUCCUCAUGCUGCUGCCAGGCCCGUAAUCUGCCAUGGGCCCCCCGUACCGACUCCUCAUGCUGCUGGCAGGCCCGUAAUCUGUCAUGGGCCCCCUGUACCGCCUCCUCAUGCUGCUGCCAGGUCCAGAGUGUGUCAUGGGUCCCUGUACGGCCUCCCAUUGCUGCUGUCUCUAUCGCCACACUCUGCCAUGUGCCACUUUCAGGUCUCCUCACACUGCUGGUGGUUUCCAUUUUUGUCAUAGGGUGCUGUAUGGCCUCCCAUUGCUGCUGCCUCCACCGCCACACUGUGGCUCCACACUCUGGUUUUGGCCCCGUGACUGCCCAAAUGAGUGAAGUGUGCGGUGAUUCUAAGAUCGACGGCACUCAUCUGCAUGUCAUACUGACUGACAGUAUUAUUUCUCUUCCCCAGCAGACUCCAAGGGCAUUUAAAUUAAAGGUACAGUGUUCUGAACUAAUAUUA